AUGACGGCAUUUGACUAUAUUUGCAAUAUAUCGAGUAUCAAGAUGAAUUGGAAUUUGAAGGGGGAUCGUACUCAUGCGACUGUUGGUCGGUCACUUAUACGUAUGUUCAAACCAAAGAUAAAAGAAUUGGGUUUGUACGUUAUGAAGAACUUUGUGGUUGGACCAAAUUAUACGAAACUUAAAUACACGCGGCAUAAAUUGAAGUUGGCAUUUACUCAUAAGACGAUUGUAGAGGAAGCAAAUGAUCAUCUUUUUGGUAUGAGUAUCUUCGACUUAAAACCUUAUGAGUAUUUGAUAAACAAAAUUGAUGUUGAAGAAAGUGAACUCUUCGAUGUCAUUGGAGAGGUUGUAAGUUAUGGUGAGGUAGAAUCCCAUAACCAAGGUGAUAAAACCAGCAAUUAUAUGAAUGUGGAACUUGAAGAUCAUGAGAGGAAUAAUAUCUCGGCAAUAUUUUGGGGAGAAUUCGUUGACCAAAUCUUGCCACAUUUACAGGGAUCACCCCAUCAGCCGGUCAUAAUU